AGGGCUAAUUUACUUUUCGUUAAUACAGCUUUUACAAAAAAAAAAUACUCGCACAGAAAAGCUCGAAGCUCCCAUCAAGUGCCAUCAUGAUACCCGAAAAGCGAGAUGAAAAACCAUCAGAGGAUAUUAUAUCGGAUUACGAUGCCCAAUCUGAAGCUUUGAAACUCUUUUUUGAGAAAAACAUCGUCCGGAAUUAUGUUUCAUUCUGGUGGCUUGGACUAAUCAAUAACUUUCACUAUUGCUUAGUUGGGUCGGCUUCUGAUGACAUUUCGGAGAGGUUCAACGUGAAGGAGCUGCUUGGAUUGCUUCCUUGUGCUAACGCUGCUCUUAAUUUUGUCGUUCGUUUCAUUAAUACUUUCUGCACUCCCCGACUCUCGUACAACAUUCGUUUUAUCAUUACCGGUCUCCAGACGCUCAUCGGUAUAGCCUUGGUCUGCGUAUCUUGGCCCAUUGGUAACUCAAGCGGCAUUGCAGCCUAUGUCAUUGCUCUGAUCGGUGUUGUCUUCUGUGGCAAUGCAUCUGCAUACGGUGAGAGUGUUUCUCUGGCAUUCAUGGAGUGUUUUCCUGCUCUUACGGUUGGCUCCUGGUCAUCUGGAACAGGCGGAUCAGGCGUCCUUUCGUCCCUCAUAUAUCUGGGCCUACGCUCGGCAGGUUUGAUAUUUCCGUACAUCUUUUUGUUGUCUACCCCAUUUAUCCUUGUAUACUGGGUGUGCUACUACUUCAUGAUCCGAAUUCCAAUCGUGAAAGGGCUUCCUGCCGCAUUAGGUUUCAGUGCCCUUUCGGUUAAGGGGGAAGACUUGCAUUAUGAAAUAAACUCUUUCCAUGAGCCGCCUUUGACAAAGACCGAGGAAUAUUAUCGCAUGAUUACAGGUGGGUCGAACUGGUGGGCUACCUCAUGGGGAGACAUUCCGAGACUAACCAGCGAUAUUAGUGCGGAGGAAGAAGACCGAAACAUCGGUGCGUUUGAGCGCUUGCGCCGUUGGUGGAGGCGUAAAGGAGAUGUUAUUUGUGAGAUUCACCGACACAUGUUCGCUAACUACAUGAAUCUUGCCAUUGUCUAUGUUGCGGAAUAUGCUUCUCAAUAUAUGGCUCCUUAUUCCUUUGCGCGUAAGCGAUACGCGGAAUCGACGAAUUUCUGGAUAAGUAAUGGAUAUGUUAUUUUAGCCUUAUGCUACCAAAUCGGUGUACUUAUUUCUCGGAGCAGUCUAUACUGCGUGCGUAUCAAAAAGGUAUGGAUCAUUACGUUAAUUCAGCUUCUCAAUACCGGAGGCUGGUUUGCGCAGGCCUUUUUACUUUUUAUCAGCUCUGACGAUGAGGCAACACAAUCAAAAUUGAUGUUUGCGCUCUUUGUGUGGAUGAUAUUUGUCGGCCUGAUGGGUGGUGCAUCGUAUGUCAAUGUAUUUCACAAUGUUUUGGAUCAAAUUAAAAACGAAGAAACUGAUAUGAUUAUUAGUAUGGAAAAUCCGAGCGACGAAGAGAUAUUCCGGAUCAAACAAUUAUAUAAGGAAAAGGCCGAGCUUGCGAUGAACAUUGGGGCUCUGUACCAGUGUUUAGGGAUUACGCUUGGUUCCGUGCUUGACGUUUUUUACGCCGUGUUUGUUUUGGGGGAUAAAAUCCGUAACCGAUAG